ACUUUAUGUGGAAUUCUAUUAAAUAAGCCAUAAACGGUGAUAAAAAGCAAAAAAAUAAAUCCAGAUCACCAGAAAAAAUCUAGAAAAUUAAAAAAGAGGGUCCAAAGAUUUCUCAAAUAGAUCCAAAACUAUAAAUUCAAAAUGCAUAUAAGAUGAUUGAAUUAGGUAUGAAAUACUAUCAAAAUCAAUAAUAUUCUAUGGCUAAGGUUGUUUUAGUGAACAGUUCUUAAGUGUUGUUGCCAGUGAUAAAAGAAAAAAGUAAUAAAAAAAUAUAUUUAGAGUAAAACCAAUAAGACCAUGCAGCUGAAUAUUAAGAAUUAAUAAAGGCAAUUAAUACAGCAGAAAUCUGCACUUAGAAAAUUGAGCAAAUUUAACAAAACUUAGUAAGAAAAUUUAUAAUUAAAGGCUUCAUAAGACCCUUAUUGCAAGUAAAUAAUAGAGACUGCAAUGAUCAGAAAAUGCGAUGUUUCGUUUGAUUAGAUCAUCGGUUUAGAAAGCAUUAAAAAUUAAUUGGAAGAAGUUAUUGUUUUGCCAAAUUUAAGACCUGAUAUUUUCACAGGAAUUCGAGCACCUCCAAAAGGUUAAUUUUUUAAUCACAUCUCUUUAGGUAUCUUAUUCUAUGGACCCCCUGGAAAUGGAAAGACUUUAUUGGCAAAAGCUGUAGCUAACUAAAUUAAAUGUUGCUUUUUCAACGUCAGUGCUUCAACAUUAGUAUAAAAACAUCUUGGAGAAGGAGAAAAAUUAAUGAAAACCUUAUUUAAGGUAGCAUUUUUAUUUUAACCAUCAGUAUGUCCAUGAAUUAUUUAGGUAAUAUUUAUUGAUGAAAUUGAUUCUAUUCUAUCAAGUAGAUCAAGUGAAGAGCAUGAAGCUAGUCGUAGAUUAAAAACUGAAUUCUUAGUUUCAUUUGAUGGAAUGCAAACCACUGAUUAAGAUAGGAUUUUCUUAAUAGCAGCUACUAAUAGACCCUAAGAUAUAGAUGGGGCCGUUCUUAGAAGAUUUGUAAUGAAUAAAAUAAUUUAGACUGUUAAAAUUUUAAUUGAUUAGCCUGAUUAAAAAGCCAGAUUGGGAUUAGUUAGAUCACUUAUGGCUAAAGUGAAUCAUUCUAUUUAAGAUCCAGCUUUAGAGAAAAUAUGCGAAAAAUUGGCUGGUAAUAUCAUUUUAUAAUUAGGUUAUUCUGCAAGUGAUAUUAAGGCAGUUGUUAAAGAGGCUUGUAUGCAACCCUUAAGAGAGGAUAAAAAUGCCAUAGUUGCCAUGUCUGCAUAAAGUAUUAGGCCAGUUAGAAAAGAGGACUUUGAGUUCGCCAUAAAUAAGGUUAAGCCAUCGCUAAAUUAAAAGCAAUAUCAAGAAUAUGUUAGUUUUAAUAAGUCUGAAUAAUGAUUUAUAAUAUUAAGG